AGUCGGUGACAGUGUGCUGCCCACACUUCCAUACACACACACACUCACACACACACACACACAUACCACUCUUUGUACAAACCAUCUGUCAGUCAGUCAGUUUCGUCAGUCCGUUAGUUAGUUAACUCAUGUCAGGGGAGGCAGUUAUGAGGACCUCAAGCGAAAUUGACUUGAUGUGACAAAAGGAUCAGGCAGUGUAAACAGCUAGUGCUGGGAGCCACAACUCGGAGCCUGGACACACAGCAGGCCAGCAGCAGAGAUAAAAGCAAGGCAAAAACAGGGCCGGUCCGUCGUGAGCACUGGUUGGACACAACAGCUCACCUCACUCCCCAGGAAAAAAACCCACCACAUCUCUCUCCGCGCAAGCUCCAGCCAUGUCGUCCCCUUCUCUCCCACUUACCUCCCUGCCCCCAAGCCCUCUGGCCAUGGAGUACCUGAACGACUUCGACCUGCUCAAGUUCGAGGUGAAGCCGGACACUCCGCCACCACCGCCGACGCAGCAGCAGCAGCCCUGCCCUUACCCCAAGCCCGGCCUCCACCAGGACCCCUCCAGCUCCCCCUACAGCGGGCGCCCACCCCAGGACUCCAGCCUAAGCUCCAGCCCCUACACAUCGCUCCCGCCCUCCCCGACGCUGAGCGAUGCGCACCCUCCCCCGUCCGCCUCCUCGUCCUCUUCCUCGUCCUCUUCCUCCAUCUCUUUCCCCCUGUCCGUCUCCACCGGCUACGUGUCGGGCCUCAGUUCGGCCUCCCAGGGCAACCCGGAGGGCAGCCCCGCCCCAGGUGGGCAGGCUCAGUGUCCCAACCCCGCCUCUCUGGAGGACCUUAUCUGGCUGGCGGCCCUGCAGCAGCAGUUUGGGGGUGAAGCCGGGGGCGCUGCCUCGCUCCUGGGGGCCCUCGGAGGGGGGCCCGAGAGGGGGGACAGGGACCGGUCAGCUGUAGGGGGGUUCCUGGGCUGUGAGGAUGCAGUCGAAGCCCUACUCAACUCAGCUGCAGUGGCUGUAGGAUCCCAGUUUCCUGUGCUCUCCCAGAGUUCCAGCAGCAGUAACCUUGGCGACUCCGGCAGUGACAGCGGAGGUGACGUCUCCUGUGCCAAGGCCUCAGACAUGUGCCACCGCCCACUCCUCUUUGUCUCCAACCCUCCCUCCCUGCCCAAUGCCGCCCAGCCUGCCGCCCCCUACCCACAAGCCCCCAGUCCUCAGGGUCGGCUCCAGCACCAUCAGCACCAUCACCACCACCAUCACCCGCACCACCCCAUGCAUGGUCAUCAUCAUCCCCAUCAUCAACAUCACCUUCAACUUAGCCAGUGUGGACUGGACGCGGUGGAGCGUUUCUCGGAUGAGCAGCUGGUGAGUCUAUCGGUACGGGAGCUGAACCGCCACCUGCGCGGCGUGAGCAAGGACGAGGUGGUGCGACUGAAGCAAAAGCGGCGCACGUUGAAGAACCGCGGGUACGCCCAGUCCUGCCGCUACAAGCGCCUGCAGCACCGCCAUGCCCUCGAGUCGGAGAAGCACAUCCUCACUCAACAGCUGGAGCAGCUUCAGUGUGAGCUUUCUCGAGUACUGCGGGAGCGAGACGCCUACAAGGCUCGUUACGAGAAGCUCAUCAGCUCCAAUGAGGCGCUGUCGGCGCACACCAACAACCCACCACCUUCCCCUCCUCCGGACUACUUCCUGUGACGACACCCUGAAGAAAGGAAAGAACCAUUAGCCAGUGGGCAGUGGGUGGAGAGAACAGCCAAAAACAAACAGCCAAAACUGAGCAAAGAGGCACAGACAUGCAGGUGGCAUGGAGUGGAUGAGAACAUGAAGACCUGCAAAUGGCGGUCAGUAGAGGCUUCAAAAGACUGCAAAAAUCAGCAACCUCAUCAGGUAGAAUCAGACAAUGAGACGUGAAGUCAGAGGACACAGAGACAAUGUUUCUCCAACUGAACAGAUGCAUCUGAUGGUAGAGGGUCACUUUGCCAUUGAAAGUGUAGAUAAAGUGAUAGAAAGGUGGCAUCUUGUGCAGCGAUCUUCAUGCAUCUUACUUGACUUGCUGGUGAUACUGCUGGGGACAGGCACCAUUUAGAUAGGUCUUCAUGUUCAUCAAGCUGCAUGGCGCCAUGACCCAAAUAAGCAUCCCAUUUCAAGCCUCUGCAGAAGGGACUUCCUGCUGAGUAUCAAAUCAAGCGAAUAUGAUGCUUCACUGACAGCUCUCUCUACUUUGAGGUACCAAAAAAACUCUGCUCUCACUGCUUUCACAAAGUUCACAAACUAAGAAGAGUGAGAUCCUUGGAGUCUUAGUUAGGGACAACUCUUCACUUGAAUAUAUUUAUAGGCCUGGUACUUCCGUAUAUCGUGACCUGGUGAUUUUACAAUCUUUCAAAUUGUACUGGCUCUCCUCCGGGAUCAAACUGGCCCAUGUUGGAGAGUGAAGAGAGAGCUUAGUGAUGGUGCUUCAGUCACAGGUCAGAGGAGAGAUGGGAUUUUUGUGAGUGUCCGUGCAGUGCAAGUGCAAAAAGAUCCAACCUGUAUCUCAGUUGCCUCCUGGCGAAGAUAAAAAUGCUGCUUUGCUUACCAAGGGCUAAGUCCCUCUCUUUACAAAAUUAAGAUGAGCAAUCUUAGAAUAAGAAUGUAUAACACAUUUAUAUGAGCGCUUUUUUUUAUUGUUAUGUGGAAAAAAUAAGCUGACAAAACAUACUACUGAUGAUAGUAUGAAAGUAUGUAUUAUGACAAUGAUAGAACAAUAGGUUUCUCUGCUUGUUGGAAAACUGAGCAAGGUAGCAAUUUAAUGUCAGUUUUUUGUGAUUAACAGAGGGAUUUAUUACCAAGAUGAAAUCCUGGAAGUGGGCAAGUGCUUUUGCUACACCUGUUUUUUUAAGUGCAGCAAUUAUCAGGCCUUGAAAGGUUUGUGAGGACAAAAGCUUAAUGUUAAGCUUUGUGAAGUGUGAAGCUUCUAUACUGAUCAAAUAAGAAAAACUACAAAGCAAUACCUGCAGCUGUAACAAAAUGCAUCAACCCAAUGAGUGUUGUGACAAAAAAACGGGUCUAUGUAAGUGUACUAUGACAGAGUGUAUUAUGCAAUUUUUUGAGUGAUUGUGUCUCCUUAGUGAAUCAAUAAUGGAUGAAAAUAAGGCUUAUGAGAAGUGAAACUUGUGAGAGAGACUAACAACCAAGCACCUCCAAUUCACAGAGCUGGUCACUGUGGAGCUUUCUUUCUUUCUUUUUUUUUUAAAAAAUAAAACGGACUGUGAAGUAUCGGAACACAUUAGCAUGAUCUCUCUUUACAACGGCUUCCUUUCCAUGUGACCACUUCCGCAUUACCCAUUUAGAUCAACUUAGAGUUUAUCUUUUCUUUUCUUUCGGGAGGGGUAUCAUUCUCCAACGACGGCAUCCCUAAUAGUGUUUCUCAGUCCUGCUUCUGGGGACCACCAUUACUCCAUCUGUAGCUCGCUCAAGCUUUCCUCUUCUCAUUGUCACAAGGCCCUGGAGAGGCACUGUGUCUGACUGAGCACAAACAGAAAAAGACUGACGACAUUAAAUUCUGCACGACGGGUCUCCACAGACAGGAUUUGGAAACUCUUCCCCACACCCAUAAAUGUGUCAUAAACGCUACAUUGUAUAUACAGUAUAUGCCUCCACAGUUCAUGUCCGUUCACAAUAGCUGCCUUAACCUUGUUUUCAUUUUAGAGUGAGCCCACUAGCAAGAUAUGGGUAAACUGGUGAGACAAACUAUUUACAGUUGCUAUGUACAUGUUUAUGACACAUUUAUAAUGGUUUUGUGACAGAGCUUAUGUUGUUAUUUUCUUUUAUUUAUUGGAUAGGCAGUUUGACCAAUACAUUCUGUAUCAUUAUUUAUUUACUUAUUUAUUUACAGUAUUUAUUCAUUGUUUGUUCACGUAUUUUCAUCUGCCGGUUUACUAUUUGACUCAAACGAGUAGUGUGUACCCUAUUUAUUUGGUAGGAAUACAACAUAAUCAUUACAAUAAUUUUGGACCAUAACAACCAUUAUUAUUGCCAUCUUUAUCAUGGUUUUGUGCCCCUGUUGUAGUGGUUUACAAUGAAAUAAACAUA